AGUGCGCGAUUGUUUUGACUGCAUUGCGGUUGCUCAAUUCGCUCAGGAGAUUCCUUGCAGGAUCUCGCAGGAUAGACAGGAUAGGAAAUAGUACCCCACACGACAGCACCCCAUGAAAGCCGUUUAGCCCCACCGCAGAGAGUCGACUCCCUUUGAUGAACAGGCCCCUGGUUUAUCCCUAAGUGAAAAUAUGCAAAACGUUGAAAAGCAGCGGGGAAAAGCCAUACAGAAAGUGGAACCAGAACUCGAACCAGAACCGUCGCCAGUGGAGAGGGAGAAUUUGGUGGUAAGAAAGGACAGGGAGGAGGAGAAGGAGCAGAAGGAGGAGGAGGAGGACACUAGCUCCAAAAUCAAGACUCGUUCACGCUUCUCGGCCGCCUUUCGCAGUCUCUCCAAGCCAAAGGCCAAGAAGGAAAAGGAGCAAGAGGCCAAGAGCGAGGAGGAAGCCGCACCCACGCAGCUGGAGGACGUGGACAGCACUGACAGUGGAGCCGCUGGGAAGACGCUGAAGAAGAAGAGUCUCACCCGCCGCCUGUUGCUGGGCGGUCUGAAGAAGACCCCAAAGGUUCGACCCCACAGCCUGGCCACCAGCGAGGAGAUCAGCGUGCUAGACAGCAGCCACGAGCGGGUGGAGACAGCCACGGACCCAGAUCCGGACCCAGACACCAAUGCACCAUCGGCCAGCAGCAGCGGCACCCUCCUCCAGAUAACCAUAAGCGGGAAGAAAGUCGAGCCGGCCAAAGGCAAGAGCCGCAGCAAGAGUCGGUCCAAGAGCUCAGCCAGCGAGACGGAUUACCUGACACCAACGGCAGAGGCGUCGACGGGGAGGGCUACAGCGGGUGGGAAGAAGAAGGCGACCACGACCACAACGGUGACGACCAAAGACACGAGCAGCACUCGGACGACAAAGCUGAUUGUGGCCAAGAAGAGGCAACAGUCGACCGCCAAGCCAGCAGAGGCAGCGACACCCACAGCGACAGAGCGACUCGCGACGGCAGCAGAGGCAGCGGCAGGAGAAAAAAUCGCUAUCACCGAGAGCACACGAGAUACGCCGCCCAGAGAGCGGGCCCCGGCCAAACCGAGUCGCGUUCAGGUUCAGUCUGCCAGCAGCACCGGAACCGUACGCAAGUCAUCCUCCAGCAAGAAGCUGGAAUUGCUGCAACAACAGCAGCAGCGCGGACACCGCCUUUCCAGACAAGUCGCCACCAACGCCACAACGGUGGCCACUCCAGAGAGCACCCAAGUGCCGGCCCUAGAGGCGCCACCCAGUCCAGAGUUGGAGCCGCCCACUUGUCCACCCCCACCCCUGCCAGUCGUGAACGAGCAGGCUGCCGAAGACGCCGUGUCCUCAGCAGAGAGUGCCCAAACCGUCAAUCCGUCGUCCCUUGUCCGUUUCGCAGUUGGUAGCGCCGUGCGCAGUCCGCUCAGUGCCUACGAGGCUGCCUUGGCCUCGUUAGCCAAUCAGCCCAGCUCCAGCGAGGAACCCAGCGACUCCAGCCUACGGCGACAAAGCUUUGCCCAGCAGCAGCUCGUUCUAAGCGACCACGACAGCAUCGAAGGCCGGAGGGAGACCCUGCACUAUCACUCCGUGGCCAGCGAGUACUUGAACGAGGACUCCGUGUCCGAGGAGAGCGAGGAGCAGUCCAACAAAGAUCCAGACACUGCGAACCCCAUGCCAGCCUUUGGUGACCUGACCAUGGAUCAGGAAAUGGAACCGGCCAUCAUGACGUCAACCAGCGAGAAACGGGAACAUCUGUACAAAAUUCUAGUCAUCGGCGAGCUAGGCACUGGGAAGACGUCCUUCAUCAAGCGCUACGUACAUCAGUUCUUUAGCCAAAACUAUCGGGCCACCAUUGGCGUGGACUUUGCCCUGAAGGUGCUCCAGUGGGAUGGCAACACGAUAGUGCGCCUGCAGCUGUGGGACAUCGCCGGCCAGGAGAGAUUCGGCAAUAUGACGCGAGUCUACUACAAGGAGGCGGUUGGAGCGUUCAUCGUGUUCGACGUUACGCGCAGCGGAACCUUCGACUGUGUGAGCAAGUGGAAGGAGGAUCUGGACUCGAAGGUGCAGCUCCCAGACGGUAGUCCUAUACCCUGCAUACUGUUGGCCAAUAAGUGUGAUCAGGAGAAGCAGGGCAUCGUCACGAAUCCGGAGAAAAUGGAUGAGUAUGUGCGGGAGAAUGGGUUCGCCGGCUGGUUCGAGACAUCCGCCAAGGAGAAUAUCAACAUCGAUGAGGCGUCCCGCGCUCUUGUGAAUAAGAUACUCAUCAACGAUAAGCUGAUAAGUGGCGACCUGGCCGAUGAUGAAAAGUUCAACCUGAACAGCACCAGCGAUGCAACUGGCACGGAAACCAAGAACAAGUGUUCCUGCUGACCUGGGACCCAAAAAACCAGAUGUCUGGCCAGCCAUCUGCUAUAAUUUCCCACAAUCAUUCCAAUUUCCCCUCCCAGUCUGAGCAACAGCUCUAAAGCUAAAUGGAAAUAUGUUUAUGUCAUUCCAUGUUCAUGUUGUUGAAAGAUAACGACGAUAACUAUGCUUAGGGUUUUCACUUAACAUUUGUCCAAGACUUAGCAUCCUCAUCGUGUUCCACCCAUCCAUCCAUCCAUCCGUCAGCCGAUCUUCUGUUUGUUUGCACCGGCACCAAGACCGACCGACCCUGGCCCACACUUGUGCCCGUAAAUUCCGGAUAAGAGUACAUUGUUGCCGCGAGGUCGGGAUCAGUGCGUGAAUUUAUAUGGUGGCACCUUCGCAUACAUACACAUCAUCCACAUUAUCUGGAUGGCAGCAUCCAUGCUGCCCCUAUCCACCCACCCACAUUAUAGGGUCUACAUUUGUGUAAAAUACGAAUCGUUCUUCUUGUUAUUUGGUUUGCCUUAUUUACUUUUGUUGGCGAGAUUGUUUUAUCUUGGAGUUCUUAUACACAUACACACUUUGCCAUCUUUAUUUGCAUUUAAUUUAGAUAAAAAUACGUACCGUACGUUCUAUGCAAUACAAUACGAAAUGAAAAAUAAAGUUUUAAUUGUAGUUAAGCCUA